UGUUUGUGUCACUGUCACUGUUGAAAAACAAAAAGAAAGAUGAAAUGUAUGGUAUGGUUUCUGCACGUGUUCUUCCCCCUUGCCUUGGUGUUAUAAUUUGUGUUAAUUAUUGUUUCUUAAAGGUGUAAUAUACAGAACCAUGAAAAGAACUUGUAGAAUGGUGUGCCAUUCUAUCAUUGGUCUUUAAUAUAACGUAUUUUGAAAAUAUGUAAAAAGCGAUAUUAUUUUCCCAAGCAAGACACACUCGUAAAAAUGGACUCAAAAUAUGCUUCUGUUGGCAUGGGAAAUAGUGUGAAAUCCAAUGGCUUGAAAAGAAAACAUGCUGUUGAAAACAUAAAAGUGAAGAAGAUUAAGUUGUCUAACAAUGUCAGCACAACAAACAAUAUAAAAGUUGAAACAAAUGGCCGUAAUAAUGUUCAAGAAGAUAAGGUUGUCAAUGAGCCUGCACAGGAUUUACAAGAGGCGAGGCGGCAAUUGCCUGUGUACAUGGUUCGGAACAGACUUCUCGAAGAGAUAAAGAAAAAUGACACAAUGAUUUUAAUUGGUGAGACUGGUAGUGGUAAAACUACACAGAUCCCCCAGUUAAUUCAUGAACAGCGUCUGGAGGGCCAUGGUGCUAUUGCAGUGACCCAGCCUCGCAGAGUGGCUGCUAUCACAAUAGCACUUAGAGUUGCCGCUGAAAUGAACACUGAGAUUGGAUCCAUUGUUGGGUAUUCUGUAAGGUUUGAAGAUGUGACUAGUCCGAGAACCAAAGUAAAGUACUUAACAGAUGGUAUGUUGCUCAGAGAGGCAAUAUUAGAUCCCUUGCUCAAGAAAUACUCUGUAGUCGUGUUGGAUGAAGCACAUGAGCGUACUGUGAGCACAGAUGUACUGUUUGGCAUUGUCAAACUAGCACAGAGAGAUAGAAAUGAACAGAAGUUAAAUCCCUUAAAGGUAAUCAUAAUGUCUGCCACUAUGGAUGUUGACUCCUUUAGAAAAUAUUUCCAAAAUUGUCCAGUAAUAUAUUUGGAAGGCAGAACAUUUCCAGUUACCAUUUAUCAUUCAAAGAAGAAACAAGAGGAUUAUCAGUAUGCUGCAGUGUGUACGAUAUUCCAACUUCAUGCUACUACUCCUGCUAACCACGAUUUUCUCGUAUUUCUAACGGGACAAGAAGAAAUUGAGACGGUCAUGUACAAUAUCAAACAGAUAGCAAAGGAAGCUACAGGUCCCCCUAUUAGGGUAUGUCCCCUGUACGCAGGGCUCCCGCCCGCCAAGCAGCUGCAGGUGUGGCGGGAAGCGCCGCCCGGCACUCGCAAGAUCAUACUGGCCACUAACAUAGCUGAGGCUUCUGUCACUAUCCCUCGCAUCAAGUGCGUCAUCGACACUGGCGUUGUGAAAGAAAGGUCGUGGUCUGGCGGCACGGGCGCGGAGCGGCUGCGCGUGUGCGCGACGUCGCAGGCGGCGGGCUGGCAGCGCGCCGGCCGCGCGGGACGCACGCAGCCCGGCGCCGCGUACCGGCUGUAUACCGCCGACGACUUCCGCGCCCGCCCCCACCAUCACACGCCAGAGAUACUUAGGUGUCCGUUAUCAUCGACCCUGUUGCUGCUGAUAGCGGCGGGUGCAGAGCCCAGUACUUUCCCACUGAUUGACACGCCGCCACCAGAGUCUGUCAAAGCUUCGCUGUCCAUACUUAAGGAAUUAGGAGCUAUUGACAAUGAGAACAACCCUAAACUGACCGUUAUUGGGAAGAAGAUGUCAACAUUUCCAAUAGAGCCUAAAUAUUCAAAGGUUCUGUUGAGUGCGCCGGAAUAUAAUUGUUUGGAGGAGGCACUAAGUUUAAUAUCGGUGUUAUCCAGUGAAAACGUGUUCCAUACACCAAUGCAUAAAAGGGAAGAAGCUUUUAAAGUGAAACAGAAGUUCCUGUCACCUUUAGGAGACCACAUCACCCUACUCAAUGUGUUCAAAGCUUUUUGUAAAGCACCUUUGAAAAAGCAAUGGUGUAAAGAAAAUUAUUUGAACCACAAGAACUUGACGUAUGCGUGCGAGGUGCGUCAACAGCUGCUUGCGAUUUGUCAGAAACUUAACAUGACCGUGUCUAGUUGUGGUCAGGCUUACGAUCAGCUACUGAAAUGUCUGCUAUGCGGUCUAUUCACGAACUGCGCCUGGCAGCGCGGCGUGGGUGGGGCGGGCGGGGCGGGGGCGGGGCGGUACGUGACGGCGGCGGGGGCGGCUGCGGCACUGCACCCCGCCAGCGCGCUGCACGCAGUCCGACCUGCCCCCCCCGCGCUCCUGUACACCGAGCUGCUCAGCACCAGCCGCACCUACAUGCUCACGGUCUCCGCCAUACAGCCGCAGUGGCUGCAUCAAGUCGCCCCAGAGUAUGCGCGCCGAUGCCGAGCCAGUCGGUGACGGCGAUUCAAUAUAUUCUUAACACGCGCCUCUCGGUGACGACGAUUCAGUAUAUUUUUAACAGUUAUUGUCAAUCACUUCUAAAGCCAUUUGAAGCUUCGCAUGUGUGACGAAGUGUUUUGUUCAGACAUUUUGACCAUCGUGGAGUCGCAUAGCCAACUUCGGACAAUAACACCUCACGACCAGAACUUUACAUUUCUAUCAGGAGAUUCGUAAUAGCAAUUCACCAGUAAUAUUUACUGUACUUUACUAUACCUACUCUUAUUGUGAGCAUGAACGAAAUCAUUCGUCCGAGGCGGUUUUUCUGCCAGUGAGUGCGAUAUUCGCGUUCCUCGCUUUAAAUUCUUCUCGCUAAGAGUGAAGAUUAUGCCGCUAUAGUACAUAACCAGCUCAUUUUGAGUUAUGAUGCAUUUUUUUUUAAUUUUGUGAACUAGUUAUAAUUGUCUUAGAAUAUUCGUUUAAUGUUGUGCAAGUAAACGAUAUAAAGUAAGCUUUGUUAUAUUUAGCAAUAUUGUGUGAUAUAAGAAUAAUUUAGUUUUAGGAUCUAUUGUUUUAUUGUAAGAAGCAUGGGUAGGUAAAUACAUAAAUCCACCUUUAAACAACAUUUUAAUCAAUGACAGUCGACAAUCUUCUUAGCACACGUUACCGUAAUAAAUUUUGAAUAAUCUUUACUGAUUUUAUUGACUUAAAAUUACAUUAUGUUAGUAUAAAAAAAAGCGUUUAUAAAGUUACGUUGAAUAAUGUGAAGCUAGAUGUCUUACAUCAGCCAUUAUUCUAUUGAAUUGUUGUUAGAUAAUUACCUGGUGCUAAAUACGAGGUUUAGAAUAUAAACACUUGAUGUUAAAACAUGAAAAUGUAAAUAGGUGUAACAUAUUAAAUAAACUUUUACCAAAA